CAUUGACAUUCAGUCGUGCUUUCGAUUUCGUUCGGUUCGGUUCGCAGAAACUCUAAUCUAAUCCUUGGGCUGGAGCUGGCCAAUUCCUUCUGGGGCAAGGGCACCGCACUCACUCAUCUCUCUGGCUGGUGUAAGAAGAACUGGUUCCUACUCUGAUAGUGGCCUCCCUGCCUCCUCGCUAUCAGUCGGAUUUCAGUGGCCUCAAGUUGCAGACGGUGCUCUGUCUGGUUGCAAAUAAUUUUCGCAAAUUAAAAGUUUGGUGACAUUUCGAGCCGCGCGUGGAAGAAAGGAAAGUGUUUGCGGUGUUAGUGAUCCGAUUAAUUCGCGAAUUUCGGAAGUUUGAUUGUGAUAAUUUUGGGCACAAGUGUGGGUAAAAUUUGGCGCUGACAAGGAAAGGUGAUAAGAGUGUCCCAAACGCCAGGAAGAAUUUCGGCCAAGAUUUUUGCAAACUUCCAAGCUUAGUGCACAGUUCUAAAUCAGCUGUUAGGGAAAAGUGGUGUGAAAUUACAUGAUGUCAUCCAACAACAGUGUCGAUUUGCUGGAGGAUGGGGCUUUCGCCGCCAGCAAGAACAGUUGGAAUCGGUACUAUUCCAACAGUGUGGUCCAGCCUCUGCUAACAGAUCUCUACCAGAUCACGAUGGCCUACGCUUACUGGAAAUCGGGCAAAAUCGACGACCACGCCGUGUUUGAUCUCUUCUUCCGAACUAACCCGUUCCACGGGGAGUUCACCAUCUUCGCUGGGCUGGAAGAGUGUCUGAAGUUCAUGGAAAACUUCCACUAUUCAGAAACAGACAUAGAAUACUUAAAACAUGCCCUCCCACAGGGCAUCGAAGAGGAGUUUUUCGAGUACCUUAGCCAGCUAACCGCUAAAGACGUCACAUUGUACGCCCUGAAGGAGGGCUCGGUUGCAUUCCCCAGAGUACCGCUCAUCAAAGUGGCUGGUCCACUGAUUAUUGUGCAAUUACUGGAGACAACCCUGUUGACCUUAGUGAAUUACGCUAGUUUGAUGGCCACCAACGCGGCUCGAUAUCGGAUGGUUGCCGGGCGGCACAUCAACCUGCUCGAAUUUGGCCUCCGACGAGCUCAAGGGCCCGACGGAGGCCUUUCCGCUUCCAAGUACGCCUAUAUCGGCGGCUUCGAUGGAACGUCCAACGUGUUGGCUGGCAAACUUUUCAACAUUCCGGUGAAGGGCACCCACGCUCACGCGUACAUCACCUCCUUCACCGGCACCCAAGAGCUGAAGACACGUGUACUCGCGCACAAGGAAACCGGGGACAAACGCGACCUGCUGGAGCUGGCCAUCGAGCACCGCGUGCAGCUGUCCAAGAUCUUGGACAUCUCGACGGAGGAAUCGAGCGAGGGCGAACUGGCCGCGAUGGUUUCCUUUGCGAUUGCCUUCCCGGACGGAUUCAUGGCCCUAGUCGACACGUACGAUGUUAAGAGCGAAAAGCAUGACACAAAAAGUACGCUCCUAGGCGACAACGGUUGUUUGCUAGAUAUGUCCAAUUGUGACCCGUGUUGUCCCCUGAUCGGUUUCGACUCUAGCCAGACGACGACGACGAUGACGACCACGAUGAUGACCCCGACAGCAAUGACAACCGACGAGCUGGACGCCGACCCUGCCCUGGCCAACGAAAAUCCGGCCGAGGGCACCGAGGCACAGCAAACCGAAACUAGAGAACCGGAAGAGCGGGAAGACUCCGGUGGGCCCGUCACUAGUAGUACUUGUUAUUAUUGUUCCGGUCGUAUGGCACGUGUCAACGACUAUUGUGAGAACGGUAAUUUCCAGCAGGGUGAUGAUACUAAUGAUGAUGAUGCUAGUGCUACCGAUCCACCAGAGGCGGAAAUCGAUACCGACGGACAAAACGCCAACGGAGACGGACUGUCCAAUGGCAAUGGGAUGAUGUCCCCGGAGAAUGGCGACGGCGAUGGCGAGGACGAUACGAUGACUCCGCCGCCCAUGUGUGCCAACUGCGAGGCCAACGCACGCAAUGCCAGGGGCUGCGUCAUCCGUCAUCUCAAAUCUGUGGGAAAGUGCUUCAGGAGUGGCUUGUUAAACUUUUGCGCAGUGGUACUGGCGCUCAACGAUCAGGGCUUCCGCGCGGUCGGCAUUCGUAUCGAUUCCGGAGAUCUGGCCUAUCUGAGCUGCCUGGCGAGGGAGACCUUCGAGCGGAUCAGUGAACAGUUCAAGCUGCCAUGGUUCAGCAAACUGACCAUUGUCGCUUCGAACGACAUCAACGAGGAAACCAUACUGAGUUUGAACGAGCAAGGUCACAAGAUCGACUGCUUCGGAAUUGGAACACAUUUGGUUACUUGCCAACGACAGCCGGCUCUGGGAUGCGUCUACAAGAUGGUGGAGAUCAACGCGCAACCGCGCAUCAAACUGAGCCAGGAUGUGGUAAAGGUGACGAUGCCGGGCAACAAGAACGUGUUCCGUCUGUACGGUGCCGAUGGGCACGCCCUGAUUGAUCUGCUUCAACGGGUGGACGAAAGUCCACCGGAAGUCGGCCAGAAGGUGCUCUGUCGUCAUCCAUUCCAGGAAUCGAAGCGAGCCUACGUCAUUCCGACGCACGUCGAGCCCUUGUACGAUGUGUACUGGGCCGAUGGGCGAGUGACGCAGGCGAUGCCCUCGCUGGAGGAGGUACGCGACCGUGUGCAGAACUCGCUCAGAACGCUCCGGCAGGAUCACAAGCGCACGCUGAACCCGACGCCCUACAAGGUGGCCGUGAGUGAUAACUUAUACAACUUUAUCCAUGACCUCUGGUUACAGAAUGCUCCGAUUGGGGAACUGUCAUGAUAAGCUGGUACCGAACAAAAUUCGAAACAUCGUUUUAGCCAUUCUGAAUAUCCAGUGCACCGAAAUAUACACAUCCCAAACCAAGCGGAGUGUACAAAUUUGUAUUUGAGUAAGAAUUUGUUAUGUAUCGCAGUUAGAAUGCCAUACGUUUUGAGAUCAAGCUUCCACAGUGGACACGGAUCCGAAACUCACCCGGUAGGGUGUUUUGAGCACCUGGAAGCAAAAUUUUACAAUUUGUUGAAAUAAAAUAAAAACUCACAAAAAUAUAAAUCAAACAAAAAUAUGUAGCUACUCCAGUGCACAAAUCUAGUGCUUAACAAACAACAAAACCAAUUCUAUUAAUAAGGGAGGUGAUUUUGCAUGCUGGCAAACAAGAGCUCUGAAAGACGGUAGCUAUUGUUUACGGGAAUGUGCAGUACAGUUUUAGGAUCGGAUGAAAAGCGAAGCGAAGGAUUUUCGAAUGGAAGCUUAUUUUUAGAAAUGGAGCACUAUUUCCAAAGGAACUACUAUCCAUAUACAACAGACAGAAAAAAAUAGAUCAUUCCGAAGCUUAAAACUGCGUGCUGUUCAGCAAAACCCCUUUUGUGAGUGCAAAGACAGCCAACAGAAAGUACAACAAGUUUAACGCUUAUUUGCUCGCAAGAGUUGUUUAGUUCUCAGUUUUUUAAAGUGCAAAUUCCACAUGAGUUGUUAAAUAGACGCCAACUCUUUUCAUAUGUAGUUUUGUUCAACAAUAACACGACACACUGUGCCUUAGAAAAGGGUCCGCCCGAUUGAAAGUCAUAAACACUAAUUCUAAUCUGUUUUUUAAUGUGUUAUUAUCUAUUUAUUUGAAUUUUUAAAAAUAAGCUUUCAUUUCAAACACUCAAUGAUGGAUAACAUAAUUUUCCUCUUCAUUCUACCUGAUUUUCACACUCAGUAGUUCUUGUUUUCUAGAGGUAUUCAAUAGAUUUUGUCACCUUGUCUCAAAAGUUCUCAAACUAGAAUGAAUGAAUCAAUGAAAAUUGUUGUUCUCAAAUAAAUAAAUAAAUAUGACGCCAAGAAACCCUCUAUUCUGGAACACCAUGUUACAAAAUGAGGACAGGGGGUAUAAAAACCGUUUGAAAAAACAAACCCGAGUAGAUGAUUUAUAAAAUAACCUUGACGCUGAAACCACUAAAGAAUAAUUAAACCUGAUCCAUGUAGCUAAAUGAAUAUAACAUUGGUGCUCUCAGAGCUGUUGGAUAUUACAUGUGAAUAGAAAUCACCACGAA